AAUUAUAUGCCUCUACGAAGCAUGGCGAGCUCAAUCAAGAUUCAGUAGCACACAAGGUCCCAGAGAGCACCUCAAAUCACGAGCAGUACAUCAUGGAGUUCUCCACAAGUCACGAUGGUCGCACAUCUGGUGUUUUGGGAGCAGACUUGUGGAGUGAUUGGGAUGAGAGACUCAGUGACACCUCGCAAACAUGGCAAGAACUCCCUCGAGAUGGAGUUGAUUGUUCGAGUGGCCAUGCGGAGCAUGCAAUUCCUGACUUACCUGAUACAUUUCUUCCUACUACUACAGGUUUUGAGCACAGAGACGUACUGUGGUCUGACUGGGAUAAGGAAUCGAGUAGCUUUGAGUGUGGCUACACUUUCCAAUCGAGUUCUCAGGUUCAUGGUCCACCUCAGAGGUCACAGCCGAGCCCUGAUGGACGGUUUGGCGAAUUUUGCAGGGCCAAAAGUGAAGACUCCUGGGAUGACGACGGUAAAUGGGAGGAUAAUCCGGCGUUGAGAUCUACGCAAGGAUUCAUUCAGCAUUCUGGAGGACGCCUUGUCAUCCCUGACCAGCCCUGGCCGGAUGAACCCAAACACCACACUGGCGACCGGCCGGUGGCCUGCAGGAUGCCGCCCCUCUCCUCCACUACGGCUGGCUUGCACGGUCUUGGGGAGUGGACAGGACAACCUGCAUGUGAAGACGAAGAUGAAGACAUGUGGGACGCAUGGGACAUGGAUGAUCAUUCUGAAGUCGAGUGGUAAAAGUCUAUAGAUAGAAAUAAUGCAUCUCGCUGCACAUUGCCGUCGGACCGACUUAUGAUCUCUGGAGCGUGACGACGAAGAAUUUGUACAGAAACCGUGCCUUCAUGCCCGGCAUGACACAGGCUCGGCUCCCAAGAAACAUCAUAUAUUCAAAUUCGCUAUUCGAGCAGGGUUGAUGAUGGUCCUCUGCAACAAUCAAGUCCGAUGAUUGUCCGCUCUUAUCGUAAAGCAACACUGCCACCCUCAUUUCUUCCCCGCCGGUUUCUUCUCCUUCUUCUUCUUUUGUUCCGGCUUCAAGGUGGCGAAGUGGAUGUACCAGAUGAGAAGGCACUGCGCGAUGAUUCCGACAAGAACAACAACGAGAAUCGUAAAAAGCAUCGGCUGGUCGUUCAAAGUGGCCACAGCUUCGUCGCUGGCCCCAAUGGACUUCAUGAAGCCAAAUUGGCCGCUCAUGGUGGGCGAUUAUGGGUGGGUGUUGAUAUGUGCUGAGUGUGGGUUUACUGGCGACUGAGCGUUCGUUCGUAACCGUCGAUGGUUUCCUUGUGCGAUCGCAGGUAGACCGUAGUACUGGGUGAUAUCGACGUUUGCCCCGGCAAGCGUUUAUCGGCGCAAGUGUGUAUUACAAAGGUAUAGACGGUCAAAAGGACGAGGACUUGGGAUGGGGUAUCGAGUAUCGAGUGCGCCAGUCACCGGAUGAAGAAAUGGACGAUGCGAACUGGCUGGUUGCCGAACGGGCAGGAAACGACAGAGAAUGAACGCGUACGAAAAGGUGGUUGAAGUUGAACCUUGAAAGACAUGGAGAGAAGAAAGAGAGGCCACUCGGCGAU